AUGAUCGAUCCAAGCUCAUCCGAGGAAGACAGUGAUGAUGAACACAAGAAACAACCAUCGAAAUUACCAGUGGUACCACCUGGUUCCCUGGCUGGUGGUAGACCAUCAGUACGAGGGAAACCUGAACUACCUCGAGGGUCCACAGCUGGUCUUCCAGGUGUAAGUUCAUUAACAACAGCACCUUUGGCAGCACCUUUACAUCCAGCUACAAGACAAAGAGAAUCAUCUGCCUUGGCUCCACCGCCUCAUGCAUGUCUUUCAACAACAGUGGUACCACCUGGUUCCCUGGCUGGUGGUAGACCAUCAGUACGAGGGAAACCUGAACUACCUCGAGGGUCCACAGCUGGUCUUCCAGGUGUAAGUUCAUUAACAACAGCACCUUUGGCAGCACCUUUACAUCCAGCUACAAGACAAAGAGAAUCAUCUGCCUUGGCUCCACCGCCUCAUGCAUCUUUCCUGCGCAGGACGUCGACGGGGAGUGCAAGCUCUGGAGAAGCACCGGCGCCGUCACCUAGCCCUUCUGGUGCAAGCCAUUCUGAUAAAGACCAAGACCCCCAGGAAAAGAUCGAAAAACUUGAAGAGGACAAGAAACGACGUCUUCAGCUUUAUGUGUUUGUAUCUCGAUGUGUUGCUCAUCCCUUCAAUGCAAAACAACCAACUGAUAUGACACGAAGACACACAAAGCUUACUCCCCACCAACUGGAGACAAUACAGGCUCGGUUUCAGGCUUUCCUCAAAGGUGAAACCCAAAUUUUGGCGGAUGAGGCAUUUCAAAAUGCAGUACAGUCAUACCACGACGUAUUCUUAAAAUCAGAACGUGUAGAACAAAUGGUCAAGUCCGGUGCCUGCUCCCAUCAUGAUUUUCGAGAAGUAUUCCGGAAUAAUAUCGAGAAGAGAGUCAGAUCUCUCCCUGAAAUAGAUGGACUAAGUAAAGAGACCGUGUUAUCAUCAUGGUUGGCAAAGUUCGAUUGUAUUAUGAAAGGCACAGGUAUCCCUGGAGACGAUGAGUCGAAGAGGCCAUCACGGGCUCAACAACAGAGCCUCAAUGCUGAGUGCAUCCUCAGCAAAGAACAGCUCUACGACAUGUUCCAGCAGAUCCUCGGUGUGAAGAAGUUUGAACACCAGCUGCUUUUCAACGCCCUUCUUUUGGAUUCAGCCGAUGAACAGGCUGCAGCCAUUAGAAGAGAGUUGGACGGAAGAAUGCAGAAGGUCAACGAAAUGGAGAAGAAUCGUAAGCUAAUGCCCAAGUUCGUCCUGAAAGAAAUGGAGUCGUUAUACAUCGAGGAGCUGAAGUCCUCAAUCAACUUGCUGAUGGCCAACUUGGAGUCACUCCCCGUGUCUAAAGGCGGCGCUGACUCAAAAUAUGGUCUUCCUAAAAUCAAGCGGUAUAAUCACAGAUCCCAAGGGUCACUAGCGAACAAGCUGACCGGGGAGACAGACAGUGGGGACGUCGAUGCACAGCUCACAAAAAUGGAUGUUGUACUUACAUUCCAAAUAGAGGUGGUUGUGAUGGAGGUUAAAGGUCUGAAGUCAUUGGCACCGAAUAGAAUAGUCUAUUGUACAAUGGAAGUUGAGGGCGGGGAUAAACUUCAGACUGACCAAGCAGAAGCCUCGAAACCUAUGUGGGACACCCAAGGCGAUUUCAGUACGACACAGCCUCUCCCAGCUGUAAAAGUAAAACUGUACACUGAAAAUCCAGGAGUUCUUGCAUUAGAGGAUAAAGAACUCGGGAAAGUGGUGUUGAGACCUACACCUCUCUCUAGCAAGGUACCCGAAUGGCAUCGUAUGACAGUACCUAAAAAUUUACCAGACCAAGAUCUGAGAAUAAAAAUAGCAUGUCGAAUGGAUAAACCCUUGAACAUGAAACAUUGUGGCUAUCUACACGUUAUUGGGAAAAAUGUGUGGAGGAAAUGGAAACGUCGGUACAUGGUCCUAGUCCAAGUGAGCCAAUACACAUUUGCGCUGUGCUCGUAUAAGGAUAAGAAAUCAGAACCGGCCGAAAUGAUGCAAUUGGAUGGCUUCACCGUCGACUACAUAGAGCUAGCAAGCGCUCAGUUGAUCGUUGGACAAGGUAAGCCAAUCAACAAAAAAAUAGAAUUGGAAGGAGCGAAAUAUUUCAUGAAUGCAGUACGUGAUGGAGAAUCGGUUUUAAUGGGAGUUACAGACGAAAAUGAAUGUCAUCUAUGGGUUAUGGCAUUGUAUAGAGCUACAGGACAAAGCCAUAAACCUACACCCCCUACCACAUCAGAUACACAUCACAAAAUUAUGGGAGAUGCAGACAAAGCUCGUAAACACGGCAUGGAGGAUUACAUUCAAGCGGAUCCGUGUCAGUACGAUCAUCACCAACUGUUCUGUACGCUUCAGUCUCUUACGUUGAAGUAUCGGUUACAAGACCCAUAUUGUUCACUGGGUUGGUUUUCUCCUGGCCAGGUGUUCGUAUUAGACGAAUAUUGCGCCAGGUACGGCGUCAGAGGUUGUUACCGUCAUCUAUGUUACUUAUCUGAUCUCCUGGACGUCGCUGAGAGUGGAGUACAAACUGUAGACCCAACCCUCAUGCAUUACUCCUUCGCUUUUUGUGCUAGCCACGUCCAUGGUAACAGGCCGGACGGGGUGGGCAGCAUCACGGUACAGGAGAAAGAAAAAUUCGCCGAGAUUAAGGAACGACUGAAGGCGUUAUUGCAGCACCAGAUCACGAAUUUCAGAUAUGCGUUUCCAUUUGGACGGCCUGAGGGGGCACUGAAGGCAACACUAUCACUUUUAGAACGAGUUCUGAUGAAGGACGUGGUCACUCCCGUAGCUCCUGAAGAAGUGAGAGCUAUGAUACAGACCAGUCUAGAGAACGCUGCGCUGUUAAACUACACACAGCUUAGUCAGAAGGCUAACAUUGAAGAGGACUUGAGAGGCGAAACAAUGGUUACCCCUGCAAAAAAAUUGGAGGACCUGAUUCAUCUAGCUGAGUUGUGUGUCGACCUACUGCAACAAAACGAAGAGCAUUAUGCAGAGGCUUUUGCGUGGUUCUCCGAGUUAUUGGUAGAGCAUGCUGAGAUCUUCUGGGCACUAUUCGGAGUCGACAUGGAUAGAGUUUUGGCUGAACAACCUCCGGAUACUUGGGAUUCUUUCCCGCUGUUCCAGAUCUUGAAUGACUAUUUGAGGACAGAUGAAAAUCUUAAAGGCGGUCGAUUCCACGAGCACCUGCGGGAGACUUUCGCGCCUCUCGUGGUGCGGUACGUGGAUCUCAUGGAGUCAUCGAUCGCACAGUCCUUACAUAAAGGGUUUGAGAAGGAACGGUGGGAAAUCAAAGGCAACGGGUGCGCAACCAGCGAAGAGUUGUUUUGGAAGUUAGACGCGCUGCAGAGCUUUAUCCGUGACCUGCAUUGGCCGGAACCGGAGUUCCGUUCGCACCUGGAGCAGAGGCUCAAGCUGAUGGCCAGUGAUAUGAUGGAGACCUGCAUACAGAGAACAGAAGCUUCCUUCCAGACGUGGCUGAGGAAGAGUGUGACGUUCAUGUCGACGGACUAUAUCCUGCCGGCAGAAACUUGCGCGAUGGUGAACGUGGCGCUAGACGCCAAGAAUCAAGCUUUGAAGCUGUGCGCCGUUGAAGGGUACCAGUAUCACACGAAGAUGGAUGCCCAAAUUGAGGCGUGUUUACUUGCCAUGGCAACCGGCAUGACCACCCGCCUCUCUGCUGUACUUGAGGCAACGCUUGCGAAGAUUGCGAGGUUCGACGAGGGAAGCUUAAUUGGAUCAAUCCUGACAAUAGCCAACGUGUCUGGUUCUGGCAAAGACAUCGGUCAGGGGUACGUAAACUUCAUGAGGAACUCUAUGGACCAAAUCAGAUCGAAGGUGACAGAUGAGCUGUGGAUCCUGCAACUGUUCGAGCACUGGUACGGUAUCCAGGUGGGGCUCAUUGGUACGUGGCUUGCUGAGAGACCUGCGCUACACCCACAACAAGUCGCUUGUCUCUCCAUCAUUCUGAAGAAAAUGUACAGCGACUUCGAGCUUCAGGGCGUGAUCGACGACAAGCUUAACUCGAAGGUGUACCAGAGCGUGGCGGCUAGGAUGCACACUGAGGAAGCCACCUGCAGCCUGCUACUCUCGCAGCAAGACGCUAGUGGUGGUGACGACGGUGGGAGUGAGGAGGGCUCGCGGAGUGGGAAGUCCAAACUGGAGUCACUCACGGAGGAUGCGAAGCUUGGCAAUGUUACUGCUGUUGUUGGGAAGGUUGGCAACAUCUUCGGACGUGGUUUCGGAGAACUAUCGACGAAGCUUGGAGGUGGCUCCUGGUUUUAG